CCGGCAGAUGAACCCGGAAACUUUAACGUAAAAAGUUUGUUGAUAUUUCGAUGUAUGCCGAUGAUUGGAAAAUGCAUGUUCAAUAUUGCAUCUGUUGGUGUAGUUUUGGAAAUGAAGUCCGUUCAGUGUCUUUAAAAAAGUUCUGGUAAUUUCCCUUUUUGGUGACGAAAUCAACAAUAUACUGUACUUCCGUGUGCUGUUGAAUGGUGCUUGCGAACAUAAAUUCAUUUUCACAGUUCACUGAGUGUAAACGUUCACUAACGAAUCACCAAAAUGUCGGAAACAUUGGUGAGUGAUCUGAGAAAAAAAUUCAGUGAGCAACAAGCGAUUGGUCCCAAACCAUAUACUACACCAAAACCAUUUACUACACCAAAACCAUUUGCUACACCAAAACCAUUUACUACACCCAAACCAAUUGGAAAUGGGACAAGAAACAACAAUGGUGACAGUAAUCCAGUCAACUCAAACCCACCACGCCCUGCAAAACCAACCAAGCCUUCUGCUACUGCUAGGCCUAAGGACUUAGGAACACCUGGAAAAUUUGGUACACAACCAAAUAUAUCAGAAGGUAUCAAAGCUGUCCAACUUAAACGAGCACCACCUCCGAAGGCACCGACACAAAGGACAACCACACCUUCAGAAGAUACAGAACUUUCUAGACUACUACAUAAAAGAAAUAGCAAAAAGAUUGGUGGAAUUGAUAAGGAAAAUAAGGAUGAAACAAUUGGCAGCGGUUCUUUUAAAAUCAGAAGUGAUUCGUCGUCCAGCACAAAUAGUAUUGCAUCAAAUGCAAGUAGCGUUGUGUCAGCUUUAGGAGGGAAACCUCAGAGAGCUGAGCUGCCAUCAGUGAGGGACUGUGGUCAUCGUCCUCCCAAGAGAGCUAAGCCACCACUUGUCCGAUUACCAAAAGCAACUCCACCAAAACCAAAGCCACCUGUCUUGCGUCCGCCUACCACAAAACCAAAACCAGAGAGGCAAGUUUCAUUGAUUCAACCAACAUCUGAUUCAGAAGAGGAAGAUCAACCGUUGUAUGAUGAUACGGAAGCAACACCAACACCUGUCCCUCGUUUAAAAAAAAUCAUUGAUGAUGAAGAAUCUGGUAAUUCACCAUUAUCAAAUAUGCCGAAUUACCAGUCAACUCCGCAAUCCACAAAUUCGAACGAUUUUGGGGACACUUAUGAUAUGGUGGGUGAUACAGGUGAAGAUAUAUACGAGGCAGUUGACUCAACAGAUAUCAUGGAAGGACGGUUGCCUCCAGGUGAAAGUAAUGUACCGCAAGAAAGUCAAGAAGAUGAGAGGGCAAAGGAGAAGCAAAGGAAAGAACUAGAGAAACAAAAGAAAAAAGAAGAGGAACAGAAGAAAAGGGAAGAAGAGAAAAGAGAAAAGGAAAGACUUAAAAAGGAAAGAGAUGAAAAGAAGAAAAAAGAAAAAGAAGAAAAAGAAAAUAGGAAAAAAUUCAAUAUUAAAGGAGAAAUUACAGUUCUACAAGAGAUGGUAUCAACCGAGUCAUAUACAGCAGUAGAUAAACUCGAUAUUGGAUGUUACAGUGGAGAACCUCUGGAAUUGAUACGUAAAGAUAAUAAUCCACAGGAUCGAUGGCUUGUACGAAACAAACAAGGCGUCUAUGGCUAUGUAAAGAUUUAUUGUGUGGACAAUUCUGAAGCACAAGAAUUUUAUGAUGAUGUAGAAGUACGUACUGAAGAAGAGUUUGAAGAUGAAGAAGUUUAUGAUAUGUGCUCUUGACAGAAUCAUUCCCAAAGAAGAAUUUACUCAUCAAAUCACAGAAGUAGAAUUAACCUAAAGCAAAUGUUUUCCAAUCCAUAAACUAAUGUUUUCCAAUCCAUAAACUAACUACAUUCAGCUGCCAUAUUCUGCGAGGUGCGAUGUCAAAGUUUACAGUUCAAUUCAUGUAGUAUAGUGCCAGAUCAGAGUUCAAAGUUCAAAUCAUCCAGCAUUGCGGCCUACCAAAAUUUACAGUUACUGCAAGAUGGCAACAGGUUAAUGGUUUAAGUUCAAACACACCAGCAUAGUUGCAGGACAAAGUUCAUAGGCUUAUACUAGUAGGUGCUAAUCACAUUUUUACAAAUUCUAUAUGUCAGUGAACUAAAACAAAGGUCAUGUACACUAACAGAUAUGAAAUACAGUCAAGCAGUUUAUUAUAAAACACAAGUUUUCAGGGUUAAAGUUUAUGUCAUCAUGAUAAAAUAUUAUUUUUAGAAUAGGCUGGCCUGAUGUAGAAUUAGCAUCAUUGUGCAAUUUGUAGUUGAAAUUAACAUUUCCAUUAUAGAUUUUUUAAAUUAUUCUAGUGUUUUAUUUUGAUCACAGUAUUUGAUUGAUGUGGGACAUAAAGUAUCUUUUGAAGUAGCAUUAUGUCAGUUGAUAUUCUUCCAUAGAUAAACAGGAAGGUAGUCACUGCAUGUGUGCUGAUCUCAUAGAGCUGUUAUAGCAACCAGAGUGCUAAAUAGGCGAAGAAGCAAUGCAGAGUUGUGUAUGUGUACUCAACAAGAUAAGCACUGUAGGAAAGCGCCACCUUCAGGCUUAGUAUACAUACAAGGCUUGCAAUCCCAAAACAAGCGUACUGUUGCUAAAAUGUUAAACUGAGUCAUUAGCAUAGAAAUGUGGCAGUACUGUAUACCUUAAUACAGAGAAGCCGUAAUACAUUUAUUUACUCAUAACUUUGGCAAUAGUAAGUCGAUUCCAGUAAAUGAUAUAUCAUUUUAAAGCUUAUGAUGUGGAGAAUAUGAAUAUUUUAAAAAGUCCAUUUUCUUGUUUUGGUGGCUGAUGCUUGUUUUGACAAGGCAAGCACCACAUAAACAUAAGAUCUCUGACUAACUAUUAUUUUAUUCAUCAUUAUUAUUAAUAAUAAUAAAUUAUUGAACCAGCCUAGCCAAAAAGAGAAUGUCAUAUUUAAAAAUAAAGUACUGAGAAAUGAAAAUUGAAAUUGUGUUUGCUACACCACCACAACGCCCGAGCAUCAACAUACGGGUAACUUAGCUGUACUCAAAACUUUCAUGUUACAUUGAGGGAGCCAUUGAAAAUAAUGCUUUAGGCCUAUUUUGGUUGGCUGAAUCUUGUUGAGUAAAGUACACAAGCACUGCAUUUUUGGAAUUUCAAAGUCAUUGGAGUUAGUGCUUUAAUAUUCUUAUUAUAACUCUAUCCAGGGUGAAUUACAGGAUCCUCAGGACUCUGGAUAAAUCCUACAUUAAAAUAUUCUUUUAGUUUCUGCAUGAAUCUAUGGCAGCCAUCUUGUUGAGUAAUAGAUACACAGCUCUGCAUUUUCGGAACCUCGAAUGCGUUUUAGUUAGUGCUCUAAUAUUCUUAUUAUACUCUAUUGCUGAAGAUGCUUGUGAGGAUAAAUCCUAGAUUAAAAUAUUCUUUUAGUUUCUGCAUGAAUCUAUGGCAGCCAUCUUGUUGAGUAAUAGAUACACAGCUCUGCAUUUUCGGAAUAUCGAAUGCGUUUUAGUUAGUGCUCUAAUAUUCUUAUUAUACUCUAUUGCUGAAGAUGCUUGUGAGGAUAAAUCCUACAUUAAAAUAUUCUUUUAUUUUGUGCAUGAUGAUGCUGUUUGAUGGUACACAUUCAGCAUAGUAGGCUUCAUAAAGAGUAUAUAUAGUUAAGUAUGUAAAAUAAUUUAUACAACUCAUUUCACAUAAUAAACAUAUUUCAAAUUUACAAUAGUAGUUGCCAAAGGUUGCUUGUUAGCAAUGUAACUUUCCUUAUAUUACCUACCAAACAAUAUUUGAAUGAAAUGUAAAAUGUAUGAUGAUAAAAAGUAUUAUUUCAUUGUUGUUAUAUCAUCAAAAUUCAUCCCAGUCCCAUUAUUAUUUCCUCUUAAAUACACCAUAGUAUGAUCAGCUUCUACUUUUUGAAUAUUUAGUCCAUGGCUGUAGGGGAGGUGGCGUCAAAUUUAGGUUAAAUACUACUAAAAAAAUGACCAUGAAGAUUUCAUUGGAAUAGGGAUUUAGUUCCAGGAUUCUCAACUGUCCGCCUUCCCCAGCCUACACCCCAGAUGUAAGCAUUGUAAACAUGUUGAUGCUAAGAGGAUACAUGUUUGAGUGAUUAAUUCAUUAGCUUUUGUUUAGAAUAACAUAGAAAAUACUGUACCGCUAAUUGUUAUAAUGUCUUGUUCGUUAAUGCUUAUUUUUAUUAGUCACAUAUUCAUCUUUGUUUAACCAAUGCUGCUUUAAUAUAAGUAUAGUAUACUGUAAAUGCAUCCUAGAUAUUGUGUGAAUAUAUACAUUUUUAUACUAAUAUAGUAAUUUGCUAUUUAACACAAAUUUGAUAAUGAGUAGAGGAAUCAUAAUCAAAUGUCUUCAAAAUU